UUGUAUGAUUGGCAUGGCCUCUCUCAACCUGAAUCCUACUUUCUUUGCUAGAGCUUGUGUUGAAUUAGAUCUUACUAAAACCUAGCCUAGAGCUCUUAGGUUGCACGCAGACCCUUUUUCUAAUGAUUUGAAAUUGAUCUACCUCAAUUAUGAGACUUUAUUUGAGGCUUGCUUCUUUUGUGGGAGGUUUGAUCACCCUUUAGGUUCUUACCCUUCUCGUGCUCCCCGUCGGAAUUUCCUUAUGCUCCCCCACCAUCAAAAUGAACCCAAGAGUAUUCCUAACCAACAGCAAACUUCUGCUCGAAUUCCUGACGACUUAUCUGAUGAGACUUUAUUCAUCUUUCCUUCUAUCCGAGGCCCUGCUCAGGGCUUUGUACAUGCCCCUGCUAGAAAUGGUUCCCCUCUUCAUUUUGCUCAGACUUCACAGAGGACUCAUGCGGUUGAAUUUCGGUCCUUCUCUAUGCGUGGUCACGUGGUUUCUCGUUCUUCUUUUCGUCGUGCCGAUGUCUCUUUUAUGGAUGCUGCAAGGAAUCUAGAUGAGACUAUUAAUCCAAAAGAUACUCCUAUUUCCUCUUCUCUCCCUAAAUAUGUCCCAGAAUCUAAUCCUGACUUGCAUCCUCUUAUAGUUCCCAUUCCUGACCCGGUUCCGGUGGAUGCUACUUCCUCACCCGUUAUUUCGGUUGCUGUUCCUGACGAUGAUUUGGCUGCGGAUGAGGAUCUCGACCCUGAUUUAGAGAAUGAAGAACUUGAGGAAGAUGUUGAUGUUGUGGAGGAGGUAUCUGCUCUUGAACGGGAGAAUUAUACUUUUCCUUACCGUAGUCCCAAAAAAAGAGGUAGACAUGACUUAGAGCUUUGGAUGCAGAACCUUCUUCCUCUAAUGUCCCAGAAUGAGUGUGCUUUGUUGGAACUGUCGUGGUUGUUCACGACUUGGAUUUUUGUCUCAAGCUUUGUUCUUAAGGUCUUUACUUUCUUUUGAUGAAU